UGCCAAAAUGGCCGACUUCGAGGACCGGGUGUCGGAUGAGGAGAAGGUGCGUAUAGCUGCAAAAUUCAUCACUCAUGCACCCCCUGGAGAAUUCAAUGAAGUAUUCAAUGAUGUCCGGUUAUUGCUUAACAAUGACAAUCUUCUCAGGGAAGGAGCAGCACAUGCAUUUGCACAGUAUAACAUGGAUCAGUUCACUCCGGUGAAGAUAGAAGGAUAUGAUGAUCAGGUCUUAAUCACAGAACAUGGUGAUCUGGGCAAUGGCAGAUUUUUAGACCCAAGAAACAAACUUUCUUUUAAGUUUGAUCAUUUAAGGAAAGAAGCAAGUGACCCCCAGCCUGAGGACACGGAAUCAGCUUUAAAACAAUGGAGAGAUGCCUGUGACAGUGCAUUGAGAGCUUAUGUGAAAGAUCAUUACCCCAAUGGCUUCUGUACUGUUUAUGGUAAAUCUAUAGAUGGGCAGCAGACAAUUAUUGCCUGUAUUGAGAGCCACCAGUUCCAGCCCAAAAACUUCUGGAAUGGCCGUUGGAGAUCAGAAUGGAAGUUUACCAUCACACCACCAACAGCUCAAGUGGCUGCAGUGCUCAAAAUCCAGGUUCAUUAUUAUGAAGAUGGCAAUGUUCAACUGGUUAGUCAUAAAGAUAUCCAGGACUCUGUACAGGUUUCGAGUGAUGUCCAGACAGCUAAGGAAUUUAUUAAGAUAAUAGAAAAUGCAGAAAACGAGUACCAGACAGCAAUCAGUGAAAACUACCAGACUAUGUCAGACACCACUUUCAAAGCCUUACGCCGGCAGCUACCCGUCACCCGCACCAAGAUCGACUGGAACAAAAUCCUCAGCUACAAGAUUGGCAAAGAAAUGCAGAAUGCUUAAUGCGGAAGUAAGGAGAUUAUGAAAUGUUUGUGUGCAAAAAAACAAAUGUGGUCCUAUGCCAAGUAGAUGGUUUCUAAACCAGUGCAGCAUUUUUCUAGGGCUUUCAAAGUUAACAGGUUUUCUAGCCUCAGAGAGAACUGUGGAACAAAUAGUGUUGUCUUUGUGUUUUGUGUUUCCUGCCGCAUAAACUUCCUGUUGUGACUGCAUUUACUGAUAGGUCGUUUUAAUUAAGCCACAUUCAUGGUUCAGAAUUAUAGCUGUUUUCAAUCACUGAUUGUACUGGUUGGAAAACUUCCUAGCUGGAAAAGCCCUAUAAUAAAUACAGCUGAGGGUGCAGAGCAUUCCCUUCACCCGUAUACAGCACUCCAGGUACUCCAGUAAGUUUGUCAAAUCUGCCAACAGCUCAAGGCGCUAUGCUGCAAGAUAUAAUAAAUGCAAAAGACAGUAAGUCCUCAUGUAUCCUUAUUACUGACCUCCACAAAGCAAAAAGCCUGCAGGCUUAGAUUUUACUAUAUAAAAUGAGUUUACAGGAUCCUUUACAGAAAUCCCUACGCAGCCAGCUCUUCCAGGGACAUAAUUUUUUUUUUUAAUCUGAAGAUUUGAGCCAUGUUCCCUAAAAGUGAAUAUUUUUGCUCUCCCCUCCCUCAUGUAUGUACGGUUAUCAGACAUCUGCAUUUUUACAGAACUACAAGUUCCUGUGUUGAAUCACUGCUGAUCCAUGUAGGCUGGAUGGUGAUUAAAAAUGCAGAUAUCUACAGAAUAAUAGGUAUGUUGUGCUUUAAUGCUUUGUGGCAGGUUCAUAGAAUUUGUAUCACAGGUGUAUGGAUGGAUAGUGUACAAUAAAUAAACUUGCACCAAAGUGAGAGAAAAGACCUUUCCAUUUUGUCUCAAUUGUGGCCAGUUUCUUGUCAUACUUAGAGGGGAUUUUGGAAUUAAUCUCUUCAUUGCUCUCUAAAUGCUUGCUCUAUGUUACCUUUUUUCCCUGCAAAAUCAAAAAUAGCAGUCCUACCAGUUUCUCUUACGGGGAGGUUAAGAGGCAUGCGUAUGCCUUUCUCAGUCGGAACUCAGAACACGGAUUCACUGCAAAAUGAAACCCCUUUGGUGAACUCACUUUGAUUUAUUUGCACUUGGUUAUCACUGGGCCUUCUUGCAGGUUCUGGUUUUUAAACUGGCUAGCGUCUUCCUAUUUUUAAAUACACAAAGAAGGGGGUUGGGAAGAUAGGGGUGGGACUGCCUGUGCAUUACACUUCAGGUUUUGCACAGUAAUACCACAAAAUAAGCCUGUCUAUCCUUUGUGAGAAGUUUUGUCUAAAUAAAAUAUAUUUGUAUUUGCUGUUGAGACUGACCAUUCAUCCUACAGGCAUCCUCUGUGUCAAAUAGUCUAGUAGAAAUACACCGGUCUUUGUUUUAAAGCCAUUUGUGUCUGUUCUUUCAUGGUCUCGCUUCUGUUAGCUCCUGAUGAAGGCAGAUCUAUAGGUAACAGCCUGAAAGCAGGGGUGGUAUUGCUUGCAAACCCACAGGUGAUGCUCCCACCCUGGUACACAGACCAGGGCACUGGAGGUCUAAGAACGUUCAAAUUAAA